UCUGCACCGAAGUGGAAGUGUGAAACAACUGUCUGCUCGUUCGUUCAAAACAAAAAGUUCAAGCUUUGACGGGGAAAAACAAUGAUUUAAUGUUAUUGUCUGUAAUAUAUGAAAGGGCGGCCACCUUAUUAAGAGAGUAUUCUGGAUGCACCGAAUUGGAUGUGAUCUUAGUCUGCUUCUUGUUCUUACUGAGAUGCCAUAUCCCCCGUUUCCUUAGUCGUUAGCUUCUUCCUCCACCCUGAGUUUCCUAAAACCCAGCCUUUCCGAUCAGCAGCACUUCCCUCAAAACACCAUCCCCUCAGAUGAACCCUCAACGGACCCAUACAGUCCAACAAAGAACGUUAACGCCGACUUUGUAGCUGGCAGUCACCCGUUGUUGGAGAACGACGAGAAGAAAGAGAUGGCUAGCCACGUACCUUGGUCCGCUGUGAUAAAUCUCAGUAACAGCAUCAUCGGUGUUAGUAUACUGGCUAUGCCAUGGUGCUUCAGGGAGUGUGGAGUAAUCUUUGGUAUAGCUUUGUUAGCCAUGGGUGGCUUUUUAACCAAAGUCACUUGUUACAUGCUCUUGAGGGCCUCCAAAGUCAGCAGAAAACACUCGUAUGAGUUUUUAGCAAAUCAUGCAUUGGGAGCUGCUGGUAAAAUGGCAGUUGAGUUAUGUAUUAUAGGUCUAUUAGUGUGCACCUGUAUUGCCUUCUUCGUUAUAAUUGGGGAUCUGGCGCCCUCGAUAGUCUCCAAAUGGCUUGGAUUACAAAAUUCCUGGCAUCUCAGAACGUGUUUGCUGUGUCUAGUGGCUGUUUUUAUCGUUGUACCGCUUGGUAUGAAGCGUAAUGUUGAGAGCUUAGGGGGCCUUAGCAUGCUGUCAAUUACCUUCUAUCUUCUAUUUACAACUGAUAUUAUAGUGAACAGUAUUCCACAUUUACUGGCUGGUCAAUGGAUGUACGAUAUCAACCUAUGGAGACUGCCGGGAAUGCUCAAGGGAAUCUCUAUAUUCUCAAUGUCAAUGUGCUGUCAAACAACGUUGUUUGUAGUUUAUGAUUCGCUGAAGGAAAAGACCAACAAGCAGAUGGAAGCGGUGGUGUCCAAGUCGAUCAACAUGGUUGCCACUAUAUACAUCAUGGUUGGGUUCUUUGGCUAUGUGUGCUACUACAAAGACGCAUCAGGAGUCAAGGGUGAUGUGUUGCUCAACUUCCCGCCGUCUUUACUGUCCGAGAUUUUACGACUUGGCUUUACAGUGUCCGUAGCGUUGAGUUUUCCCCUCUGUAUAUUCCCCUGCAGAGCCAGCAUUUAUACAUUAUUCUGUCAUCCGGCUCAAAGUGUUGAGAACCCCCAUGGGGGCGGGGACUUUAUCCCUCCAGUCAAGUUCAAGGUCAUUACCCUGAUGAUUGUGUCAGUCACUCUGAUGAUUGGCAUUACUAUACCUAAUGUUGAAAUCAUUCUAGGGUUGACUGGUGCUACCAUGGGAUCACUCAUAGGAUUCAUUAUACCAGCGCUAAUUUAUCUACGCACCAACGGUGUACCCAACAAAAAUAACGCAAAGAUUGUGUUAGUAAUCGGAGUGCUGCUGUUAGUGUGCAGUACGUAUGAUAACCUGAGUACUACAGCAACACCAGAGCUUGACCUUCCUGUUGAUGUACAGAAGAUCGAUAUCAUAGAACCCGUAGGAAUAGAGAAGGACGUAAUGGACAAUGUCAACCAUCUUGAAGACAAUAAGAUUAUUGGAGGUGAUGAUGUCAUCAAAGAUGGCGACAAAGAAGCCGUACAGAAGCCCGAUGAGAAACAGGAUGUAAAGGAGGAGGAGAAAGAACUUCAAGGAAAAGAAGAGAAGAGCAAAGAGGUGCAAAUAGACAAAGACCAGCGCCAGGAACCUCCUAUUCCACAUGCCCCUGACUCUGAAGAGAAAGAUUCGGGCAAAGUUGAGAAAUCCAAAGAGAAACCAGAGGAGGAGAAACCAGCCGUGGUUAAGGUUGAGGAGAAGAAAGAGGAGGAAGAUGUCAAACGUGACCUCAAGGAUCCGCCUCAAGAUAAACCUAAAGAAGAUGAUGAUGACGACAUUGGAGCUGCUGAUUUUGACGACGAUACUGGAAAGGACAAAGACAAGGUGAAGAAGGUGGAAAUCUUAGAGAAGGAAAACGAGAAAAAGAAGCUGGAGCUGGUGGAGAAGGAGGAGCAGCUCAAAGAGAAGGAGGAGCAUCUUGAAAAGAUUGUCGAAGUAAAAGUCGCUGAGCAGGAGCAGAAACAAGAAGAACAGAAAAAGAAGUUGGAAGAACUUGAGGAAAGGCAAAAGGUCCAAGAGAAGAUAAUCGAGGCUCAAGCGGAAGCCAUUGAGAAUCUCAAAGUUCAGCAUGAUGAAGAAAAGGACAUAAAUGAACUCAAUGUGGAUCUCCUAGGUGCGCUAAACAAUCUCCCUCAGGGUGGCCAAUUGGUCGGAGACUUAGCUGAUCAGAUGGCUGGUGGUCCAUUGGCUGGUGAUCUUGUGGCUGGUGACCUGUUGGCUGGUGGUAACUUGCCGCAGCAGCCUGUUCUUGAUGGUCAGCAGCCGGUACUAGGUCAACAACAGCAGCAACAACAGCAGCAGCAGUUUGUGCCUAUUCAACAGCAGGUUGUGGACCCACUUCUAAAUCUUCAACUGCAGGAUGCUGCCGGUAAAGCUGUUUUUCAGCAAGGUGUUGGUCAACCGCAGGGCAUCCAGCAGCAGGGCAUCCAGCAGCAGGGCAUUCAGCAGCAGGGCAUCCAACAGCAGCAAGGCAUGCCACAGCAGGGCAUCCAACAGCAGCAGGGCAUCCAACAGCAGCAAGGCAUGCCACAGCAGCAAGGCAUGCCACAGCAGCAGGGCAUGCCACAGCAGCAAGGCAUGCCACAGCAGGGCAUCCAACAGCAGCAAGGCAUGCCACAGCAGGGCAUCCAACAGCAGCAGCAGCAGGGCAUCCAACAGCAGCAGGGCAUGCCACUGCAGCAGGGCAUCCAACAGCAGGGCAUGCCACUGCAGGGCGUCCAACAGCAGCAGGUUGUUUUACAGCAGCAGGGCGUCCCACAACAGCAGGGCAUCCCACUGCAGAAGGGCAUCCCUCAACAGCGCAUCCAACAGCAGGGCAUCCCCCAACAGGGCUUUGCUCAGCAACAAGGCAUCCUGCAACAGGGUCUGCCUGGACAGGAACCUGUUGACAGUCAUCGAAUAAAGAGGGAAGUUCAGUUUGACCCUCGGGUGCAGCAGCAUCAAGAAGCUGAUUUGGGACAAUUUCAACAACGGCUGGAAAAUCCAGACCAACAAAUGCAGCAGCUCAACAUGGCUGGUAAACAUCUGCUGCAGCCAAACAAGCCAGGUCAACAACUCAACGUCCCCAUGCCGCAGGUUGCAGGAGAUCCAAUUAUGAUGCAUGGUGCUGUAGCCCAGCAGAGACAGCUUCUACAAGGAGAAUCACACUUCCUGGAUGACCAAGGAAAGGGUGACACUGUCAAUCUAGCUCAAGGUUUACAGGAAGAAGAGGUUUUGAAAGAUGGGAAAGCCGACAUCAAGCAGGAAGCAAACGUACAUGAGGAACAAGAUGUGAAAGCUCACAUCAAACAGGAGGCAAAAGUACAGGAGGCAAAAGUACAUGUGGAACUAAAUGGGAAAGCUGACAUCAAGCAGAAGGCUAAAGUACAUGAGGAUGAGGAAGAGGAAAGCAAAGCCGUUAAACAGGAGGGAGACAGCAAAGAAACCAAUGAGAUUGAACUUGUAGAUGAAGGAAAUGUACAAGAAGAUGAAGAAGUCAAUCAGGCACCAGAUAAUGUGCAGGGUUUGUCUCAGGACCAAGAAGAUAAAGAUAGAGAAUCAUCACCAAAGGAUGACGAAGGUAACAAACGGCUUAAUGCUGAUGAUGAAGAGGCUGAAGAGACCAAGCCAAAUGCAUCCAAGAAUAUUGAGACUGCUGGAAAGAAGUCUACAGUAUUGGAGACAGCAGUCAAUGAUACUGUCAACGUCUAUAGCGUCAAGUUUAAGACGCGCCAAGAAAUGUCCGUUAAACCGUCUUAUCCAAGCGUAGUUGCUAGCAAGUCACAAGAGGAAUCGAACAUAAAUAAAGGGAUUAAUGAUUCUGAUGGAAAUGUUCACUUACGGGGAAAUAAAGCUGAAGAUAAAUUGGAGCAGAAUGACAUGAAGGAAAUUAUAAAGGAAGGAGUCGAGAAUCAGCACGAAGAAGAGGUACUCAAAGAAAAUAAAAUUGAAACUAGAUUUCCUCAUAAUCUGUUACAUGAAGUUUUCAAUGAAAGAUGAUUUUAAAUUAUAGUGUCGUUUAAUUUAAUUUUUGAACUUCAUUCCAGGCUUUUUCGUAAAAGUUCAUUUUGGGAAGAUUUUUUCUCUAAAUUUUCUUUUUCUACAGAAAAGUUAAUUUAAAUAACUCAUUAACAGACACUCUUUCUCCUGUUGCAUUUUUAAGAGCUCACAGAUUGGGAAAGUUUUUUUAAGAAAUGUGCUCUGGAAGUUGAAGUGCACACAAAAGUAGAACAUUUAAAACUUAUUACUUAUUUGUUUAAGGUCACAAUGCUUUUGAGAGGAUACUGGAGGUGAGGGGUAAAAAUAAUAAGAAGAACUAGUUCUUAUAUGGCACAUUUUACAAUAACAUAUCAAUGUGCUUACAAUAGUGCCCUGGGCCAAAUUUCAUAGAGCUGCUAAUUACAAAAAUUUGCUUAGCAUGAAAUUUCUUCCUUGAU